AGAAGAUAUAAAUACAAGACAUCAAGGUGUGCAUCAGCAGCACCAGUUUGUUAAUCAAUUGAAUAAAAAUCCAAACUUUUUUGUAUUCUAUUCAUUUUGAUCACCACCCCAUGAUUUUUCAUCUAAGAUCUCAUCUGACACAAAUGUUUAAUUAAAGAUUUCUGGAAAACCCUUUUUUUUGUUAUCCAUUUUCUGAUCACACCCUUUAUUUCUGUGAUCUAUGAACAAACUCUGUCACAAUCAAAUCUAAAUGGGGUGUUUGGACAGCUAAGGAAAGGCCCACAAGUAAUAAACAAGCCAAGGUUCAAGUUUUGUUGCUUAUUAAUGGUGUCAGAGUUUUGUAGUGCUGGUGGGUAUAUUGUAUCAGGAAUUGGAGUUGUGGGUUUGGAGCAUAAACAAAAGUUGGAGCUCAGGCUUGAUUUAAUGAAUUUAUUGUUUGCUGGAUCAUUUGGAUAAUAUAUAUUAUAUGUUGGUGUGGGGUUUGUUUCUGUGUGAUUUAAUGAAUAUAUAAUCUGGAAGGUUGGUUGCGUUUUUGGUAUAUAUUCAACUGGUUGGAUAUUGAUUGAAGAGGAAAUCAUGAUUAAACCUUGUUGGAAACCGUCUGUGGAGGGCGAUGGAAGUCGUAGAGGUGGUGGGGAUGAUAAUGGACGGAGUAAUGGAUUGAUGUGGUAUAAAGAUUUAGGAUCCCAUGUAAGCGGAGAAUUUUCAAUGGCAGUAAUUCAAGCUAAUAAUCUGGUGGAGGAUCAUAGUCAACUUGUAUCUGGUCCAUUGAGUUCACAACAGUCUGGCCCUUUGGGGACAUUCGUUGGGGUAUAUGAUGGGCAUGGAGGACCAGAGGCAGCUCGGUUUGUAAAUGACAAACUCUUCCCAAAUCUCAAGAAAUUCGCUUCUGAACAUCAAGAGGUAUCUGCCAAUGUUAUAAAAAAGGCCUUCUUAGCCACGGAAGAAGAAUUCCUAUCUCUUGUUAGGGAGCAAUGGGGCACUAAGCCGCAGAUUGCUUCGGUCGGGACAUGCUGUUUGGUUGGGGUCAUUUGUGAUGGCCUCUUGUAUGUAGCCAAUGCUGGUGACUCUAGAAUGGUAUUAGGGAGGGCUUGUAAGCUCGUCAGAGGCAUGAUGGCAGUACAGUUAUCAACAGAGCACAAUGCGAGCGAUGAAUCUGUUAGAGAUGAGCUGAGGUCAUUACAUCCAAAUGAUUCACAAAUUGUGGUUCUAAAACAUAAAGUUUGGCGUGUGAAGGGUAUCAUACAGAUAUCAAGAUCCAUCGGUGACGCCUAUCUGAAGAAUUCAGAAUUUAAUAGAGAGCCUCUAUUACCUAAGUUUAGACUGCCAGAGCCUUUUGAAAAACCAAUUCUAAAUGCAGAACCAUCAUUAUUUAUACACAAACUGAACUCUAAGGAUCAGUUUCUCAUCUUUGCAUCAGAUGGUUUGUGGGAGCAUCUUAGUAACCAAGAGGCAGUUGAUAUGGUCAACAAUUACCCCCGAUAUGGAAUUGCGAGGAGACUUAUUAAAGCUGCACUUCGAAUAGCUGCAAAGAAAAGAGAAAUGAGAUACUCGGACCUGAAGAAGAUUGAUAGAGGAGUGAGGAGACAUUUUCAUGAUGACAUCACAGUCAUCGUUGUCUUUCUGGAUCCUCAUCUGAUGAAUAGGGCAUCGCCUGGUGGUGCUACAUGUAGCAUUAAAGCAGGUGGAGGAGUAACUGGUUCUACUAAAUUUUAGUUAAGAAUGGUUGGUUUGGUAUCUUUGUUUCUAGUACGAUUACAAACCAAGUGAAAAAACAUCAGAAAAGCUUAGGCACCCUAAAUAUGAUGCCAAUGUAGGUAAAACCGCACAAGAGUCAUAAUGAUCCAUAGAUGUAGUGGUUGGUAAUUUGAUCUAGCCCUUUAAAAUUAUGUUCUCUAGUUCAUACAUUCCCUAAAUUCUUUCUUCUUUUUCUGGUAGCAGUAUUCAAAUACAACCAUAAAUUAGAGCCGUUAUGGGAUUGUAAAGUAGUUUUCUUGUAUUGUCUGGAAAAAUUAUUGACAGGUUCUGAUAAA